GGCUUGUAAAUAUUUUUGUGUUUAAAAAAAUGAUAUUAAGUUUGUUUACCUUAUGUGGUGUGAUUUGGAAAAAAAUAACACGGGGUGUUGGUACAGCACCAUAAUUUUGUCAGCUCUGCAAGGAGUCAAGUUAUUCUUUUGGAGGCUUUUCACUGAAUUGAAUAUCCAAUAGAAUAUCCAACGCAGCACUCUUGGCAGAGAAUGAGGUGUUUGAAAGUUUUAUCAUCAACCGCCUGGAUCAACAGGAUCAAUUGAUCCACCAUGCAGACCUGGGGGUAGCUGGGAGCCAAGUGCAGGAUGGGCCUGUCAGGUGUUUGGAAAGGUGGGGAGAGUUGGACGGGAUGAGCAGCCACGAGUGCAGGCAGGAAAAACCUCAAAGGAAGGACAGAGUUUUGUGACUGAAAUGGAAGAAAAUCAUGGCAAGAUUACACAUACAACUCAUAACAAACACUGAACCAAAGAAAAGAUGCAGACUAAUUGGUCAUUGUCGGAGGCAGACAUCUGAGGCCAACUUCCACGAUGGCCUUUGGCAGCUGACCUUGAUACAAAAAAUGUGUGUUGCACAAAGGGAAGUAGCAGAGAUGAUAAGAAACCAGCAGAAAGAAAAGCAGCGGUCUGACAGAAUUCUGGCCACCUAUAAAGCCUCCUUCAAAGAAAUAGAGCUACAGCGAGCAGACAUUAGCAAAGACAAGAACGAUUUUGAACACAGAUUGCUCAAACCAAUGAAGAAGAUGUCAGAAAUUAAUGAGCCAGAGAAGGUACUCCACUACAUCAGGAGUAAGCAGAGCACUCAGUGUGACAAGUUGAAACUGAAGAUUCAAGGCCUGAAGGCACGGGAGAAGAGGCUCCAGCUGCAGCUGCAGGAGAAAAGAGAGCUGAGAAAAGCAGGACUCGAGGACAUUUUCUUGGAAGACAGUGAGCCACCAAUUGACCUCGAAGAACUCCAAGUCAAACGUUUACAAGCACAGCGCUCCCUGAACUCCCACAAGGAGAAGCUUCAGCGUGUGACGCAAGAGUGUGCACAGCUGAGCAGCGAUAUCACGAGGAUGAAGGAGAUGUUGGAGAAAAUAGAGGAAGACAUAUUACAAGCUGAAGAGGAGCGUUCGAAGGCUGAGGCCCAGAAUAAGCAGCUGCGCCGCCAGAUGUCCACUUACCAGGCACCCGACGUCGCUCAGUAUCUGCAAGUCAAGGACAAACACAAGAUGCUGCAGCAGAGUGUCCACACUUGGCAGAGGAAGAUGACCUCCAAGUCUAAAUUCUGGAGCCAAAACAGAGGCUCUUCUGUCAACAGUGCAGAUGCUGGAGCUGCUGAUGGGGAAUGUCCAAAUCCAGUGACACUACCAUACAUAGAACAACAUGGCAAAGCUUAGAUUUAGAUAAAAAGCUCCCGCAUUCAUCAAGUUCAACAUUUACUGAAGG